GCGGUCCGCUCCCGAGCCCCGAGCGUCCAUAUCCGGGUUCCGUCCGCCGCUGCCGCCACCGCCGUCGCCGCCGCCGCCUCGCUCUUCCAGCCCUGUCAGGAGUGGUGUGAUUCCCGACCAAGAUGGCGGCCGUGGGGCGAGUCGGCUCGUUCGGUUCAUCUCCACCCGGGCUAGCCUCGACUUACGCCAGCGGACCCCUAGCCAACGAGCUUGCGUCGGGCAGCGGCGGCCCCGCGGCGGGCGACGAUGAGGACGGGCAGAACCUUUGGUCCUGCAUCCUCAGCGAGGUCUCCACGCGCUCGCGCUCCAAGCUCCCGACCGGGAAGAACGUGCUGCUGCUGGGUGAAGACGGAGCUGGGAAGACAAGCCUCAUAAGAAGAAUUCAGGGCAUAGAGGAGUACAAGAAGGGAAGAGGACUGGAGUACCUGUACUUAAAUGUGCACGACGAAGACAGGGAUGAUCAAACAAGAUGUAAUGUAUGGAUCUUAGAUGGAGAUCUAUACCACAAAGGGCUACUCAAGUUCUCUCUGGAUGCCCUUUCUCUGAGGGACACUCUGGUCAUGUUGGUUGUUGAUAUGUCAAAGCCUUGGACUGCUUUGGAUUCCUUACAGAAAUGGGCAAGUGUGGUGAGAGAACAUGUCGACAAGCUGAAAAUCCCCCCUGAAGAGAUGAAGGAAAUGGAGCAGAAGUUGAUUAGAGACUUCCAAGAGUACGUGGAGCCAGGAGAAGACUUCCCAGCUUCCCCUCAGAGAAGAACCACUGGUGCGCAGGAGGACAGAGAUGACAGUGUUGUCCUGCCCCUGGGUGCAGACACACUCACACACAACCUGGGCCUACCAGUGCUCGUCGUCUGCACGAAGUGUGAUGCCAUUAGUGUAUUGGAGAAAGAGCAUGACUACAGAGAUGAGCACUUCGAUUUUAUCCAGUCUCACAUCCGCAAGUUCUGUUUACAGUAUGGCGCAGCGCUGAUUUACACUUCAGUAAAAGAAAACAAGAACAUAGACUUAGUUUAUAAAUACAUCGUCCAGAAGCUGUACGGGUUCCCGUACAAGAUCCCUGCGGUGGUGGUGGAGAAGGACGCAGUGUUUAUUCCAGCAGGGUGGGAUAAUGAUAAGAAAAUAGGAAUAUUACAUGAAAAUUUUCAGACUUUGAAAGUAGAAGAUAAUUUUGAAGACAUCAUAACCAAACCUCCUGUCCGAAAGUUUGUGCAUGAGAAGGAGAUCAUGGCAGAAGAUGACCAAGUGUUUCUGAUGAAGCUACAGUCUCUUUUAGCAAAGCAACCUCCAACUGCAGCUGGAAGGCCUGUGGAUGCAUCACCAAGAGUCCCUGGAGGCUCCCCUCGAACACCAAACAGAUCUGUGUCAUCCAAUGUUGCCAGUGUGUCCCCCAUCCCUGCUGGAUCCAAAAAAAUUGAUCCAAACAUGAAAGCUGGAGCAACCAGCGAAGGGGUCCUGGCGAAUUUCUUCAACAGUCUGUUGAGUAAGAAGACUGGCUCUCCUGGAGGCCCCGGGGUCGGCGGCAGUCCUGGAGGAGGGGCUACGGGUGCAAGCCCCAGUUUGCCACCAUCCGCCAAAAAGUCAGGCCAGAAACCUGUGCUUUCAGAUGUUCACGCAGAGCUAGACAGAAUCACACGGAAACCUGCUUCUGUUUCUCCUACAACACCUACAUCUCCUACGGAAGGGGAAGCCUCCUGAAGAUACCAAACAAAGCCAUUUGUUCAUUCUUCUGGGUAAUG